UUUACAGGGAAAACGAGAACAGUGCGUCGCGAUGCUUGCAGUACCGUCGAGGCGUCAAGGAUGAUGUUGCGACGCGAUCGUUUCUUCGUCGUUCUUGCUCUUCUCUGUGCCGUCGCUGGUUUCGUUCACGCGAUCUACGAUCCCAAAGAAGCGACAACAAAGCGACCAAAACGACGAGAACAAGUUCUCCCAUGGUAUUCUUCAGAUAAAGAUGACAUUGAUUCUAACGAAGAAUCCGAUCCAUCGCGUUCUCCAAAAUGGCAACUGGAUCCAGAUGAUCCGAUACCAAGGGAACCUUUCCUCGUAGAUACUGGGACGAAAACCUGGAGUCCCUGGAAAAAGAAUCCUGGAAGUGAAAUUGAACAGAGAACCGAGCUUAGUAGUGACCGACAAACUCCAACGAAUUUCGAACAAAAUACAGAUUAUCCCUUGGAAUACAGUCAAUUUGAACAACAAGAGAACCAAAGGUUCCCUUCAAAACCGAGUGAUUCUCAUAAGCAGGAGGAAAAAUGGAAAAAGCAGAAAAUUCCUGAGGGAAAAGAUUCGCAGUCGAAAAUAAAGAAUGAUCAGGAAUUUUAUGAAGGAAUACCUCCAGAUAGCACGAAACCUCGAAAAGAAGAAAUUCUCCUCGCACCGAAACCAAAAUCCAUAGUGGCCCGAUAUGAUUCCAAAACUGGUAUCCAGUGUCCAGAUUUCGACUCGUCUGGCCAAUUCGUAUAUCCUCCAGAUUGCAAGUUCUUCGUGAACUGCUGGAAAGGCAGAGCUUUCGUCCAGCCUUGUGCUCCUGGUACCCUUUUCAAUCCAGACACUUUGGAAUGCGAUUUUCCACACAAAGUCAAGUGUUAUGGAGGAGAAGUGGCUGAUUUUCCAUCAAACGACCAUUUGGAGUCAUCAGGGAAACAGGAACCAUUGUCAUCAGGUGGUGGACAUGGCCAUCUGAAAAAUGAACGAUUACAAGAACCACGAUGUCCACCUUAUUUAACAGGGAUGCUUCCCCAUCCCUCGAAUUGCACGAAAUAUUUGCAAUGUGCCCAUGGUGGAACGUAUAUCAGGGAUUGUGGCCCUGGCACUGUCUUUAAUCCUGCUAUCAGCGUUUGCGAUUGGCCUCGCAACGUAAAAGGUUGCGAAGAUGCUUUAAUACCUAAAGAAGAAAACACAACGCCAUGGCAUCCUCCCGAAUACGAAGAUUACGAAUAUAAAAAACCAGGAUACAACCAAAAGUCGCCAAUAAAUCAGAUUAAAUGUCCCCCGGGUUAUACGGGAUAUUUGCCUCAUCCGGAAACAUGCAAGAAGUUCCUCCAAUGUGACCAUGGAGGAACUUUCAUCAUGGAUUGUGGCCCUGGAACGGCAUUCAACCCUGCGAUAUCCGUUUGUGAUUGGCCCUAUAAUGUACCUAGCUGUAAUGAAAAUAAACCAAUUGGUACAACAACAAAUCCACCUUGGGCCUCUCAAAGUCAUCCAGGAUCAAGACCACCUUGGAUGCACCCAGGUACCCCGUCACCUGGACUCCCAACUUAUCCCAUGUCAACCAUAGCUCCUCCAGAAACUGACUGGGAAUCAUUAAGACCAACCUCGAGACCAAGCUGGAAGCCCAGCACAUGGACGACUCCAAAACCUUCAGGAACAGACUGGGAUUCUCUGAGACCUACUUGGAUACCAAGCUUGAAACCAUCUACCUGGACCACUCCCACACCACCUUAUUCUCACGGUCGUCAUCAUGGCACUCAUGGACACAACGAUGGUAGCUUGCACUAUGCAGACAAUGACGAACAUACACACAAGGAACACGAUCGUUGGGGUCAAUCAACACUUCCAAGUUAUCCACAAUGGCACCAUAAUCAUGGAACCAAUGAUCAGAGUGGACACCAUCACCAUCAUCACGAACAUCAUUAUUAUUCACACAAUCCAACUUAUGAUCCCAAUAUAAAUACUGAAACUCAGCAACCUUCUCCUCCAUAUCCCCAAAGACCCAGUCCAGAAACUCCUCAAGGAAACUGGCACCCUACUUCAGGGUAUCAUCAUGAUCAUCAUCAUCAUCAUCAUAGACCUUAUUACCAUGAUGGAUCUGGAGAAACUGAUCAGCAAACUGAAGUUCCUGUUGAUUCUAAUAGAGGGGAUCGAAGAGAAGAUUCUGCUUCACAGUAUCCCCAUGACCAUCGUCAUCAUGGACCUUACUACCAUGAUGGGUCUGGAGAAACUGAUCAGCAAACUCAAGUUCCUUUUGGUCAGAGACAGGAUCCUACUGGAAGAUUUGAUUAUUCGAAUACUGGAAGUAACGUACCUGGGAAUAGGAGAAAUGGUCAGGAGUUCACUCCUAAUAGACAGGAAUAUGGAAGGACGAAUCCUGGGUUCUCGCACCCAGUGCCUCCACCUGGACAGAAUAUUUAUGUGGAUAGUAAUUACCAGUUGCCUGACAAUGAGUCGAAUUUAAAUACUCAGGUGAUGCAAAAUGAAACGAAUUGGACAAAACCUACUCCGACAGGAAGUAGACUGAUUCCUAGCAGCUGGAGCCAGUUGGGUCCAGGACAACCGCAGAUGCCUUCGUCAUCCAAUCGACGAUGGGAUCAAGAGGAACCACCAUUUCCAUCUUAUUACAUACCACCAGUUGAACCAUUGGAUCACUCGAAAAAAGUUACUAUACCAACACCAAUUUCCGGUCAGGUGGUUCGACUUAGGGGUGGUUCAGGUCCACACGACGGCUAUGUCGAAGUUCAAGGGAUGAAUCCUGGCUGGGGAAUUGUUUGUGAUUCGAGAAACAGCUGGAGUUUAAAAGAAGCACAUGUUGUAUGCAAACAACUCGGUUACGUCAGAGGAGCUGAAAUGGCAUGGCAAGGAAGGAACAAUCGAAAUGGUGUGCCAACUUGGAUCGCAGCAAACACUGUCUCGUGUCAAGGUGACGAGGCCAAGUUCCAAUCAUGCAAAUUCACACACGAACAAGAAUGUCGAGUGGAAAGAGACGCAAUAGGCGUGAGAUGCGUGUUAAAUCGUGUAGCUCAUUGCCAUAAGGACGAGCUACCAUACGAAGGGAACUGUUAUCACUUGGCGGAUCCUGAUAGCGGAUUAAAUCACGCUGAAGCGUUGAGUUACUGCAGCCAGAAACAGUCACGGCUUAUCGACAUCACCAGCCAGGCAGAAAACGAUUUCAUCUCCGAGUGGUUGGUGCAACAGCAACCGGAAGUUGGCUCGAUUAUGACUUCCGGCGUUGGUUUUACUACUCUGAAUCGCACCCUCUGGCUGUGGGAGGAUUCCUCUCGCGCGAAAUUCAGAUUUACCAAAUGGUGGCCAGGUUGGAUGGAAGAUAAGAAGGUUCCUCCAUUCGUGGGAUCUCGUCCUCUCUGCUUGGUAAUGAAGCGCAAAUUUCAGUGUCACGAGAGGCCAGAUUCAAUUUGCGUUGCUGAUUACUUCUUUUGGGACACAGAAGAUUGUGCCUCGUCUUCUAAGGGUCAUUCUUACAUUUGCAAGAGACCUUACGACGACAUUGGCUGCAUUUACGGGAAAGGAAGUCAGUAUGCAGGAAAUGCAAAUGUUACAGCAACAGGGAAAGAAUGUCUUCCAUGGAGUGAUCCAAAAGUUGCUUAUCCACUUACAGUAAACGUAGUCAAUCGAGAGAUCAGAGAAAAAUUGAAAACUCACAAUUAUUGUAGAAAUCCAAAUCCGAAUAGGGAGUCUAGACCAUGGUGUUUCACGGGGCCAGGUGGUGAAAAGGAAUAUUGUGAUAUUCCUCCUUGUGGAAAUGUUGGUUCUCCAAAGUCUAUUUUAACUGGUAAAUGCAAACCUAAGCAUUUCGAAUGCGUGCCAGGAGAAUGCAUUCCAUCACCAUGGGUUUGCGAUGGAGAAGAGGAUUGUACAAAUGGCGCAGAUGAAAAGUCUUGCGUUUCGCACAUGGAUUUAUUCCAAAAAUACUCUAAACAGAAACUGGAAGGACACGAUGUUCAAAAGUGGUUGAACACACCACUGAAAACUUGUGCACUUAGAUGCAAGGAGGCUGAUUUCACCUGUCGAUCUUUCGCACAUAAGACGGCAGGAAAUGUUUGUUUGUUGAGCGACAGCAACGUAGGAAUGACUGGAGCACUGAAACCAAACAAAGAAUACGAUUACUAUGAAAUGAAAGAAAGAAGCAUAAACUGCGAAGGAAUGUUCGUCUGUGAAAAUCGUAAAUGUAUAAACCAAACGAAAGUAUGCAACGGGAAGAAUGAUUGCAACGAUCGUAGCGAUGAAAGUAUUUGUACUGUAGAAAAUUUGGAUUAUGACAUUCGAUUGGCUGGUUCAGAAAAUAAUCACGAAGGCAGAAUUGAAGUGAAAAUCUUGGGCGUAUGGGGUCAAGUUUGUGAUGAUGGUUUUGGAAUGAUUGAUGCUGAUGUGAUUUGUAAAGAACUUGGCUUCGUUCUUGGUGCUUUGGAAGUUAGACCAGGAGGAUUUUAUGGCAAUCUAGAUCCACCGACAAGAUUUAUGGUUGAUCAAUUGAGAUGUCGAGGAAACGAGACUACUCUACGUGAAUGCGACUUUGAUGGAUGGGGUGUACACAAUUGUGAACCAGAAGAAGCAGUGGGUGUUAUUUGCAAGACAGCAGUGGACAGUUGUCAAGAUGGUCAUUGGAAAUGUGACAAUAGUCCAAUGUGUAUACCAACCGCAUUCAUAUGUGACGAAGUUGUCGACUGUGCAGAUGGUUCUGAUGAGAAUUCUGAACACUGUGACGCGCCUUUUGAAAUCCGUCUAGUAAACGGAAGUUCCCGUCUCGAGGGAAGGGUGGAGGUUCGUCAUCAUGGUAUUUGGGGCACUGUUUGUGAUGACGAUUUCUCGAACGCAACAGCAGCAGUGAUUUGCAGAUCCUUAGGAUAUGGUGGACGAGCUAUUGCUAAGAAAGAUGGUUUCUUUGGACCAGGAGAGGGACCAAUCUGGCUGGACGAAGUUUACUGUUUGGGAAACGAGACACAGCUGUAUCGUUGCGACCACAACCAUUGGGGCCAGCAUAAUUGCAAUCACGACGAGGACGCAGGUGUAAUUUGUACACCUGGAGAUAUUGAUGAUUCCGAGUUAUACUGGCAGACAGUGACGGAUGUGCCAGAGACGAACAUCAAUGACAUACUUCCUUCGCACUGCGGCAAACGACUGAAAGAUUUCAAUGAAGAUGACGGUUUUAUAUUCGAAAAGGUGGUGCAUGGUUCCAUUGCACCUAAAGGCACCUAUCCUUGGCAGGCAAGUAUUCGUGUUCGUGGACACAGCAGAUCAAACCAUUGGUGUGGUGCAGUGGUUCUCUCACCUUUGCAUGUACUUACUGCUGCUCAUUGCCUGCAAGGGUACAAUAAAGGGACUUACUUCGUUCGAGCUGGGGAUUACAACACAGAGAUAGAUGAAGGGACAGAAGUUGAAGCCAAUAUCGAGGACUAUUACAUACACGAAAAUUUUCGUAAAGGACAUAGAAUGAACAACGAUAUUGCUGUUGUGUUGUUAAAAGGACGAGGAAUUCCUCUGGGCAAGAAUAUUAUGCCAAUUUGUUUACCAUCCGAAAAUACUGAGUAUCCACCAGGUCUUAAUUGCACCAUCAGUGGAUUUGGUAGUAUUGAGACUGGAAAAUCAGCUCACUCCAAAGAUCUAAGAUAUGGUUGGGUACCAUUAUUGGAUCAAUCAGUGUGUCGUGCCGAACACAUUUAUGGUGUUGGUGCAAUUAGUGACGGAAUGGUGUGUGCUGGAUAUCUUGAGGAGGGCAUUGACACCUGUGAUGGAGACUCUGGUGGACCUUUGGCAUGUUAUCAUAAUGGAGCUUUCACGUUAUAUGGAAUUACCAGCUGGGGUCAACAUUGUGGAAAAGCCAAUAAACCUGGUGUAUAUGUUCGAGUUUCUCAUUAUCGUCGAUGGAUCGAUCAGAAGAUCAAAGAAUCUCUUUCAGGAAGAUAAAGCUUUGCAAAAUCUCAGUACACUUUUACUGGAAAAAUUAAUUACUUAGUACAUGUUCAGUGAUAGCUCAAUACUUAAUCAUCUGAAAUCAUAUUUUUAUAGAUAUAUAUAAGUUAACAUAGAGAAUCACCAUUUCUAUUUUUCUUUGAACUAUUAUUACGUAUUCAAAUAAUAUUAAUUUAAAAUAUAUUCUCUAAAAUAUGUUUGAAAUUAGAUAGAAUAUAUGUAAAUCAUAAAUACUGGAUGCCUAUAAAAAAAAUACUAUUCUACUUAUACUUUUAAAAAUAAAACUAAAGAAUAGAAGAAUGUUAGAAGAAAUUAUUAGAAGACAAGAUCAUAUUCAAAUAAUAAUCUUAAUUACCUUAAAUUCAAUUCUACAUGCUUUUGAUGUUGUGAUGCCACAAAGAACACGCCUUGAAGAAACGUCCAUUAAUCUGUAGUUUAUUUCAUAAGACAUCAUCGUUUCUACAAUAAUUGUAAUUGCUGUCUUGUUGCUGUUACAUGUUCGAGCCUAUUUAUGUACAAUAGUCCCAACACAUUCGAUCGGAUAGAAAACAAAAAAGCUGUAAAAUGAAAAUAUUGAUUCGCUUUUUAUAAUAAAAUCGACAUAUGAACAAUUAAAACGAAAUGUUUCGGCGACCUACGUUAUGAGAUUGCAAAAAUCCUAUAACAUUAUCGUUGAAAUCGUUGUAUGUUUGUUUAAUUAGGUUGAUCGAUCGACAGCUAAAUUGACCCGUAAAUAAUUUCUCUUAUUGACGUUGUUGUAACACUGGCAGUUACUCAGUUACAUUUGUUUCUAUUUGUUGAAACAAAAAUUACAACCAUGAUUUCAAUCUGAAUUAAAAAAUUCAUGAUCAUGCAAUUUUUAUAUUUACUUUCACACAAAAAUUUUCCUUAUCAUGAUUACCACAAUAACAUUCAUUAAUAUUCUAUAAAAAAUUAAUAUUUCAAUAGGACAUUUUCAAAAUUUUAUAUACUAUUAAAACUUUCAAGUAAAAAAUUGUAUACUGACAAAAAAAUUAGUCAGUGAUAAAAAUUUAAUAUAAAAUGCUCUCAAAGUGCAAAACCAGAUCUCAAAAGUGAUACUUGAUUAACGAUGUAAAUGGAAUAAUAAUUAAAAAAUAUUUCCCAUUUA